ACCUUGCAAGCAACACAUGAUGUCGGAGGAGCAAGAAGCUACGGUUAAGAGAAUUCAUAUUGGGAAUAUCUCCCCAAAGCUAGCAGAGAAUGUGGAGCUGUUCACUAAAAGACUCGAGAAGUUUGGUAGUUUAGAGUCAACUUUAGAGCUUCAUACAAAACCAGUAAAUGAUUUUUACUUUGGUUUCAUAAACAUAAAGCAAACAGAUAAAGAUUUCGAAAAAUUGAAGGCCUCUUUGAAUGGGAUAUUAUUCAUGGGGAAAAAGUUAACGAUAUCAUUAUCCAAACCAAAUUUCAAAGAAAAUUGGUUGGCUGAUUCAAAAAGACCAGAUUCUAAAAAAAUGGAAAGAGUCAAUAGAGAUAGAAUUGCAAGGGCCAGGGAAGAAAGAAUCUUAGAAUCGAGAACUUUGUUAUCUCAAAAUAAACUCACUGGUGGUUUGGUUCAUUCUACUUACAUCGGUCCAAAUAAUUCAGGUUAUGGGUUCGCCAAGUCUUGCCAUGUUUACAAUAAUAACGAAGCUAAUACUAAGAAUAAAGCACCAUCAUCGAGCUUGAAAGGCUUGGACUCUUACGGUUCAUUAACAUCAUCUUCGAAAAUAAGUACCAAUCAAUAUUCCAACUCCUCUGGUGGAAGUGAAGUGAUUAAAGGUCGCUAUAGAAUUACACCCAGACCUAAUAUUUAUUUUUUGAAAAAACAACAGACUCUUCGUAUAAAUAUUAAUGGAGAAUUGAAAACACUUAAAUGUUAUAAAACCAAACUAUGGGGGUUGGAGAAGAAUAAAACUUCUAAAGAUUUGACUUAUAAAUUUCAAAAUGGAGUUUGGAAAAGUGGUGAUGAUCAUGUUAUUGAGAGAGUCAACAAGAAUAAACUUUCAUCUUUUGACUCAGAAGUCAAAUCCAGUGAUCCAAAAGACCCCGAUGAAGAAGAUGAAACUUUGAAACAGGAGAGAAUGAAAAAUAACUCUAUCUUGGCAUCUCUUUUCAAUAAAUACGAUUUUGAUAAACCUUUGGACAUAGAGGAAGAUAAUGGUAUCGACUCAAAAGACAUCUCCUAUGAUAGUAAAGGUAGAAGAACAGUGAAAACAUACGAUUACGAAAUGGAAGGGGAUUUGUUGAACGAAGAGAGUGAUUCAGAUGCAUCAUUCGAUUAUAACCAAAUCCAGGCAUAUAAAGAACGUCACGAAAGACCUAAAGAUGAGGUUUAUUUUGAUGAAGAAGAUGAAGGAAAUGACUUAGAUUUAGAUAAUUUAGGACAGCAAUACACCACAGAAGCUAUCAACAAUAAAUAUAAUGAAGACCAUGGAUUUGAAGUUGUCCUGAAACCAGAACAAGACAAUUCAAAAGAUGAAUUUAUUCCGCCUUUUGGUAAUCAACCGGAAAAUGUCAAUAAUACCGAAACUUUAAGAUCUUUAUUCAAUCCUGGCCAACAAGAGAAGCCCGAGGCAACUGGUUUCAAGUUAUCGCUUGAUGACGAUGAUAUCGAUGAGUCCAACAAUAUUUUAAAUGAAGAAGAACAGUCAAAGUUAUUAGAACAGAUUAAGGAAAAACAAAAAGAACAACAGACCAAUGAGUUAAUGUCCAUGAAAAAUGCAAAGAAAAACGGCUUAUUUUGGCCUCACUUUGAUUCUCCUUUCUUACAAACCCAAUCCCAGUUGAAUAGAAUUGGUAAUGUCAAUGAAAUGGUUAAAUUACCUGGUGAAGAUGAAAAUUUGGCACAAGAUGACGAAGAAUCUGCUUAUGAAAAGUGGUUCUGGAGCAAAAGAGGUGAGUUGAUGAGAGAAUGCAGAAGACGUAAAAGAGACGUCAAUAGAAUUUUCAAAAAGAAGCACACCAAAGCAAUUUUAUAAUUCUCUUAAUAGCAUAUUUUGUAUAGUAAUUAAUUUUUAGCAGUCA